GUAAGACAUACUGUGAAGAACUUUUUGAGGCGAAAAAAAAAUUUUUGAAGCAAUACUGAAUCAAAUUCAAUUUAAUUAAUUUCAACAAAAUGACUGAAGUUAAGAAAAAAGUUAUAUUACCUACAUUACCAAGACUUAUGGCAGAUAUUGCAGCUAAGAAAUUGACAAACUCAUAUGAUAUAGCUUUGAGGUCUCAAGAAUUAUUGAAAUGCAUGAUAUCUGGAAAGAACUGGGAAUCUGCACAACAACUUAUGGAACUAAUCAAGACUGAUAUAAAAAGAAUUGAAAAAGCAUUACCACAUCACAUGGUUGCUGUGAAUGUGAUGAGACAUUUCUUGAAAGUUAUCAGAGAGGAGUAUGAUAAUGGGAUGAAGAGGAGAGGAGACGAUACAUCCUUACAUCAUUUAAUUACUUCAAAUGCGGAACCAGUGACAGAUUAUUCAGAGAAGUUACCAAGUCUGAGGGACGAUUUGUUGCUUCGUGCUUCAGAAUAUAGAAGUGAACUUGAAUCUAGUUCAGCUAAUAUUUCAAGCCGUGCUGUUGAUCAAAUUUUCACAAAUGAAGUAAUUUUGACGUAUGGAAAAUCAAAUUUGGUAGAACAGUUUUUGAAAGCUGCUGCUAAAGAGAGACCAAUGAAUGUGAUAGUUGUGGAGUCAUCCCAAGUAGUAGCUGGUCAUACUAUGGCAUCUAAUUUGGCAAACAUCAAGAAUAUCCAAGUAAGCUUGAUUCCUGAUUCCAAUGUAUUUGACAUGAUGUCUCGAGUUAACAAAGUUAUAAUAGGCACACACAUAGUUUAUGCCGACGGGGGGCUUCAAACUAUUGCAGGGGUUCACAAUGUUGCAGUCACCGCCAAAUAUUUUUCUGUACCUGUAAUAGUAUUAACACAUAUGUAUAAAUUGACUCCAAAAGUCACAGUGAGUUGUGAAGAGUAUCAGAUUCCUAGGAACAUUGGCACAGAAAAUCUCUGGGCAGAAACCAAUACUAGUGAAUUUAACAUAAUCGACCCCAUCUUUGAUUUUGUACCUCCUGAACUUGUUAAGCUAUUCAUCAUUGCACAUCAGAAUGGAUAUUCACCUUCUUAUAUUCAUAGAUUAUUGUUGGAACUUUAUCACAAAGAUGAUUAUUAUAUUUAGUAAAAUCAAACACAAUAAUGAAAGGUAUAGAAUAUACAACUCACAUUUCUCUCUUAAGGGUUACAUCUUAAAGAAAUUUUUAAAAAUGGUGUUGAUGUCUCCUCUGUAUAUUCAUAACUUGCUGAUAUGUAGUGGAGAAGGAACAUGAAGAUUGUUAUGCAACAUCAUUAUACUUCUCAUCUGUAUAUUGGAAGAUAUAACAGGUGUAUAAGUCUGAUUGAGCAAAUAUUCUGUAUCAUGUAUUUUUUAUAUUGUCAUUUAAACUUACAGAUAUUGAUGUAAAAAAUACAAUAAAUACUAACAUAUUUCUACCUUA